CAGAGCACCUACUCUUGAAUCACUAGGUCGUUUAGUUUUUCCUUCGUAUAUAAGCAGCAGCCGCCCUGCCCGUUAGCAGUCACAAAGAUACCCCUCUCUUUUCUAUUCCUGCUCUUCUAUUGCAAAUCCGCCCUCGCUCUUCUAUUCACCCUUAUGUCUGUAUUACCACCUACCAUGCAUGCGCUUUCCUCCGCAUUAGGGCCGCUUGACCACACAAAGCACAUUGCCUUGCCCAAAGCCCUGCUCAAGCCCGAGCUCACUGCCACAGUUGGGUAUGCGCGCACGGCCAACGCCUUCUCUUUGCCCUUCGGCCGCCUGACAUCAGCGCACGAGGACGCGCAGAGCGAGGACAGGAUGUACUCUGCCCUGCCAGCCCUUCCCUCGAUGCUCAGCCCGUCGCCCCUGCAGAGCCUUGCCUUCUGGCACAACACGUGUGGGCCGCGCAAGGUGAUAAUAUACCUGGAGCCCCGCCGGAGCUCGGCGCUGUAUCUGGCGAUUGAGGAGUUUUUCCGGGCAUCGGCUGAGCUGGUCGGGUAUACCGAGGCCCACCAGUACCAUCCGCAUAUCUCGAUGACCGGGUUUAUUGACCUGGACGACUCAAACGGCGCCUCUGGCCACACGGUGUCGCGGAUUGCCUGUGCUUUGCAUAGGCGCGCCAAGUCCCUGGUGGGCCGGGGCGUGGUGCCGUGCGCGCGCACCAUCAACACCAUGCAUGACUACCCGCACCACGGCACUCACAAGGUCGAGCUGGUGCUGGAUACCCCGCAGGUGUUCCGCGAAAUCAUCGCUGAGGUGCAGCAGGAGGCGUGUCCGCAUAUCCGCCCGAAGCGCAUCGGCCAUAUUAGCCUGGCGUACUACAACAAGCAUGUCAAGACUGCCAAUAUGAUGUCCGAUGAGCAGGCUGAGCGCCUGGAUGCUUUGGCGCGCAGCUUCCUGUAUAACCCGGAUAUUUUCGACCCCGCCCGCAACCUGUGGGAUAUUGCCUUCUAUGAGCUCGCAUACAAGUCGCCGGUGCUGGAUGUCCCGCACAAGUUCAACGAGAUUGCGCGCUGGCAGCUGUGAACAAGCCCUCCCAGUUACUGUACAACAUUUUUUUAAUCUUUCGCAUUUCCUGUAUUUCUAGCGUUUUCAAUACAACGGCGGUUUUUCUGAAACCGGAAACCACACUCG